AUGGCCGGCGUCACCCCUCUACCGCGCCGCCCCCAUCGCCGAUGUCGCCCUUUACAGCGUCGCCGCUCCGCUUCUCCUGAACGCCUCUUCCUCCACAGCAUCCGAACCGAAGGCUUCAUGACCAGUGAUGAAGAGCUAUUUCAUGAGACUGACUUCUUUGGACCUUGCCAUGCACUUAUGAAGUGCUAUUUCAUACUGAUUCAGUCGCCGGCUACGAAUUCGAGACGAUCUGUUGUUCUGGUCAGAUCUUUUUUUAACGCUUCCCUUACCGCUCAUACAUUCUUGCCAUUUAGUUCUGUUUGUGCCAAUUUUAUUUUGCUCAUUGCAAAUGAUCUGAUGUUCCUCUACUUUCAGACAUGA